GUGACGUUGUUGUCCAUCCACACUGAUUUGAGGAAACCGGCGAUUUUUCUCUGUCGCUCCAGGAAACAACCAGAUUCCUUCAUUAACCCAGUCCUGUCUUCAGAGAUUUUUCAACCAUGGAUAAAUUAAAAUCGGUGUUGAGCGGUGAAGAGGCGCGCAGUCACGACCGAACCAUUUUGGAGACUGUCAAUGAAGCCUCGACUCUGGGCUGGGGAAACCGAGUGAAGGGAUUCAUCGCAUGUUUCGUGGUGGGGGGCGCGUGCACAGUUUUGGGAGUGUGUAUGCUCUUCCUCCCCAAAAUCGGACUCACCCUCUUCAUUGUCUUCUACACUUUUGGAAAUAUAUGUGCUCUGUGCAGCACCAUGUUUCUGAUGGGGCCGAUGAAGCAGCUGAAAAGGAUGUGUGACAAAACAAGAGCUCUGGCCACCACGAUAAUGCUUACCUGCCUUGUGUUGACUCUCUGCGCAGCCUUCUGGUGGAAGAACUUCGGACUUGCUUUGUUAUUUUGCAUCCUGCAGGUCUUGUCGUUCGCCUGGUACAGUCUGUCGUACAUCCCGUGUGUGAGGGAGGCGAUACUGAAGCUGGUGUCGGUCUUCUUGAAGUGAGUCCUGUCUCUGUGCAGAGGGCUCCGGCUGGAUGAAGUGUUUUUAGAAAGCGGCAGGUCUCUUACUGAAGUUACUGAUCGGCCUCAGAGAGUCUGUGACUCUACUUUUAUCUCCACAAAUGUUAAUUUCCUCUUGUUCAUGCUGCGUUCAUCAAGCUGAUUGAUUUUUGGUAUGUAUUGAUAACUUCAACCAAUUUUAAUGAGCGUGGGCUUGGUUUCCAAUAUGUGUAAAUAUUUGUAAUAAAUAAAUGUGUUAAUGGUUUUAUAAAUGAA